AUGAAACAAGCAUCAAGUGAAAAAUCAAGGAAAACUGGUUAUCAAUCAGAUGAUGAUAAUGUAAGAUAUAAAUUAAAUAGAGAUUUUUUUAAUAACACUUCAAAAAGUACAGCUAAAGUUGCAAAGAAACAAGAUGUAAAAGCACAAGAUGAUGACAAUAUUCGAUAUAAAUUCCCAAAAUCUCCUUUAAAACCUAAAGUAGAAAGAAAACCAAAGCCCAAACCUAAAAUUAAAGUUAACUUUUGGAGUAGUAAGCAAACAAUAAACAGGUUAAAUAAACCUGAGAUAAGCAAGGGAAACAACAAUAGGAGACAUACAGUUGGUGGUGAAAUUGCAGUUACAGCUAAAGCUAAAAAUCCUGUAAAAGUCCGUAAGCGAGUCUCUUUUCUACCAUCACCUAUAUUUUCUGAUAACCACAUACCUAUGGUCACUGUGCCAGAUGAUUUGACAAUUCAACUGAAUGAAGAAGAAGCCAAUGAUCUAGGUGAAGACUUGAAUCUUGCAUUUGUUAAUAGUGAAUCUGAAAAAAUAAAUGAUAGUUCAAAACCAAAAACUAGAACUUCAUCUGUGAAAAGUGGCCCUCAAAAACGUAAAAGGAGUUCCGAAGACACUGACCCUAGAUCUCAGGGUAAUGAGUAUGAGUUAGAAUUUUUUUCUAAAUAUGUGGUCCAAAAACUUAGACGAAUGGAGACUAAUCAAAGAAUUUAUUCAGAAAACUUAAUCAACACGGUCCUUAUGUUAGGACAGCUCGGAAAAUUAAAUGGGAAAUCAAAAAUAUUAGAUCCA